AUGGAAAUGGAUUCGCGGUCUCUCGAACUGAUGCGGCAGCAGUCCGACCUGUACGAGAACAAGCGGGAGCACAGUACACAGCAGACGCAGUACCAGCUUCUGCCCAAGCAGGAGGAAAUGCACCAACGCGCUUUAAAUGGAGCCUUCCUCCAGUCUUAUCGGCAUCUUGGGGAGGCUGCUGUCAAUCCGAUACGACAAUUGCAACCUGCGCGUGGAGCUAAUCAAGGUGGAGAGCAAUAUUUGUGGCAGCUGGGGGCAAGCGCACGCAGCUGCGGGUUUCGAGACAAAGGCCAGCACCUUCUUGUACUGUGGCUGUUCAUUCGGAGCUUGUCGUUGCGUGAUCUCGGGCUCAAUGCCGAUGCCAUGGACAAAGGCAUCCGGGCGUUUUGGCUGCGCGCAGCAGCUGCACUGAGAGAUCCAACGCCAAGUUCCAGUAAAGAACUCGAGGAUGUGGUGAGCUUGUUUCUGAAGGAAAUGUUCAAGGGCAGAGCACCAGCAAACACAGCAGCGGAUGGUACUAACAACGUUACGGUACCUUUGAGUCGAGAGAGCUCCGUUAUUCACGUGGUCGCGCAUCUAUUCUUGCACGCGCUCACGUCGUGUACUAUCCAGCGCCUGCUGCUUUCUGCGUGCACGAUGCAGAGCAACGCGACCAGUAAGCCGCAGCUUCAAGAGCGAUUUGUGUUGUUACUGUCGGAUCUGUACGACGCGCUGGACGGCGUGUUGGGAGAGGUGGCAGCGGAUAUGGUCCGAGGAAAUCAAGCGUUAUCGAUGCCCGCGCUGUCGCAGUUCGCUGCGCUGCGAGUGGAGAUCUCGUCGUUGCUUCUGAGUCAGGAAGUCGCGGGCUCCCUGUCCGAGGCGAUAAACUCAGCGUUCCAGACGUUUGUCGCCCUGGCGCGCGAGGCGAUGAUCGUGCCGAUAAACAUGCAGCAGCAAGCAAAAAACUACGCUCAGCAGCAAAAACCUUUCGCGGCACGACCAGGAUACAACGACCCGGAAUGGAACCAGCGGUGGUUGCUGGAGCCUGGCUCGCUGCAAAUGGCUCGCGUGGAGUCGGCGACGGAUACGGCAACAGGCUCGCUGGGUCUGGCCGACUUCGCGCAAAUUAUUUAUGAAUUCGGCGGCAUUGACGUCAGCAUUGCAGAGGACAUGGCGAGUGCGUCGUUGCAAUCGGCGUACUCACUUUCAAGCGGGGCAACAGCAACUCCGAUGACGUUGGUAUUGGACGGUAAACUGCGCGUGUUUCGCGCACUGCCCAGCGGCAUGUCGUCCAUGGUCUCGGCGGCCGGUGGGUGGUCUCUCGGUGACUACAUGGCAACAAUCUCGGACGAUGCGCAUAUACUUAGCGUGGAUUUCUUUCUCUUCGCCGACGUCAAGGCGAUUGGUGCACGACAAACGGACCGUCAAGUAUCGAGGAAUGCGAGCCAAGCUGUGGUAGAGUUGCGCCGAGUUGGUCUAACGAUCAAGCUGGAGGAAGACGGCAGCAUUGGAGAGGCCGGGGAUUUAUUCGCGUUCGUGCACGGAACCGCGUACAGCUCAAGCUACACGCACCAAAACACGUCAGUCACGCAGCGACUGCAAGCGCUAAAACUAUCGGAGACUUCGACUGUGGAUCGAGCAACAGUCUGGAGAGAGGCCAAGUGGGCCCCAAUGUGGAAGCUGCAGGCAGGUUUUAUCGCGUUGCCUCGGGUUGGGUUCGUUUAG